GCGGCGGCGGGGCACGGCGCCGUCUGUGCGCCGGCGGGUCGGCGCCCCGCUGCGCACCUGCUUAGCGCGCGCCGGGGCCGGCGGAGGGCCGCGCACAGCAUGUCGCGGGUGGCGCAGAAGAAGAACCACUGGGCCAGCCGGGUGCGGCAGUGCUCGCUGAGCCGCGGGCCCGGCGGGCAGCUGGGCUUCGCCCUGCUCGGCGGCGCGGAGCACGGCGAGUUCCCCUACGCGGGCGCGGUGGCGGCGGGGGGCGGCGAGGCGGCGCUGAGCGAGGGCGAGCUGCUGCUGGAGGUGCAGGGGGUCCGCGUCUCCGGGCUGCCGCGCUACGACGUGCUGGAAGUGAUCCGCAGCUGCAAGGACCCCAUCGCCGUCAAAGCCGUCAGACAAGGAAGCCGACUGAACAAAGACCUGAGACACUAUCUCAACCAGCGGUUUCAGAAGGGAUCGCCGGAUCACGACCUGCAGCAGACUAUUCGAGAUAACCUCUAUCGCCAUGCUGUGCCUUGCACAACUCGCCCUCCAAGAGAAGGAGAAGUGCCUGGUGUGGACUAUAACUUUCUGACCGUGCAGGAGUUUCUGGAGUUGGAGCGAAGUGGGACCCUUCUGGAAGUAGGAACUUAUGAAGGUAACUAUUAUGGAACGCCCAAGCCUCCGAGCCAGCCCGUCAGUGGGAAAGUGACUUCCAUCGAUGCACUGCAAAACCUGCCGCCCGGCUCCAAGCAGUCGACUCCAAAGCGGACCAAGUCCUACAAUGAUAUGCAAAAUGCUGGCAUAGUGCACACGGAGAAUGAGGAAGAGGAUGAUGUACCUGAAAUGAGCAGUAGCUUCACAGCAGAGUCUGGUGACCAAGACGAGCAUAACACGCAUAUCACACGAGAGAGAGCCCCGCUGUCUGUGAUUGAUAGCCACACCAACGUUCCCACCACGGAACCAUCUCAGAACCUCCCUCAAUACCUACCUCCUCCUGCUGAGGAUAACCUAGGUCCUCUGCCGGAAAACUGGGAGAUGGCCUACACCGAGAACGGAGAAGUCUAUUUUAUAGACCAUAAUACAAAAACAACAUCUUGGCUAGAUCCACGGUGCCUGAACAAACAGCAAAAGCCUCUAGAAGAAUGUGAAGAUGAUGAAGGGGUACACACGGAGGAACUGGACAGUGAACUAGAAUUGCCUGCUGGUUGGGAGAAAAUUGAGGAUCCCGUAUAUGGUGUCUACUAUGUAGACCACAUCAACCGAAAGACACAAUAUGAAAACCCCGUUCUUGAAGCAAAGAGGAAGAAACAGCUUGAGCAACAGCAACAACCACCAGAAGAAUGGACAGAGGAGUGUCCAUCUCUCCCAACACCCGCUGCUCCAAACCAUGUUUCAAACAACCAGGAGGCAGUUCGGGAGGCACCAGUGCAAGGAAAACCCUUUUUUACCCGAAACCCUUCUGAGCUGAAAGGGAAGUUCAUCCACACCAAGUUAAGGAAAAGCAGCAGGGGAUUCGGCUUCACCGUCGUCGGAGGGGAUGAGCCGGAUGAAUUUCUCCAAAUCAAAAGUUUGGUGCUUGAUGGCCCUGCAGCGCUGGAUGGCAAAAUGGAAACAGGGGAUGUCAUAGUCAGCGUGAACAAUACCUGCGUGCUGGGCCAUACCCACGCUCAAGUUGUGAAAAUCUUCCAGUCCAUUCCCAUCGGUGCUAGCGUGGACCUUGAACUGUGCCGAGGCUACCCUCUGCCCUUUGAUCCCGACGAUCCCAACACGAGCCUGGUUACGUCCGUGGCGAUUUUGGAUAAAGAGCCGAUCAUUGUGAACGGGCAGGAAAAUUACGACUCUCCAGCGAGCCACAGUAGUAAAACGGGGAAGGUAAAUGGCACGAAGGAAGCGAGGCCAAGCAGCCCGGCUGAAGUCUCUUCCAAUGGGUCCCACGGCUACCCCAACGAUACAGUCUCUUUGGCAUCUUCAAUAGCAACACAGCCUGAACUCAUAACUGUGCAUAUAGUAAAGGGGCCUAUGGGCUUUGGCUUUACUAUAGCGGACAGUCCCGGUGGGGGCGGCCAAAGAGUGAAACAAAUCGUAGACAGCCCGCGGUGCCGAGGCCUGAAGGAGGGCGACCUUAUAGUCGAAGUUAACAAGAAGAAUGUGCAGAGCCUCACUCACAACCAGGUGGUGGAUAUGCUGAUUGAAUGUCCUAAAGGAAGCGAAGUCACAUUGCUGGUGCAGCGAGGAGGACUGCCGGCCCCAAAGAAGAGCCCAAAGUCGCAACCACUUGAAAGGAAAGACAGCCAAAACAGUUCUCAGCACAGCGUCUCUAGCCACCGCAGCGGGCACACUGCUUCCCCCGUUCACGGCGCGCAGGUGCUGCCGGACUACGCCGCCCCUGAAGCGCCGGCCGCGGAUCAGCCGGACAAUUCUGGGCAGAAAAAGCCAGAUCCAUUCAAAAUCUGGGCCCAGUCCAGGAGCAUGUAUGAAAGCCGACCUAUGUCACCUUCGCCUGCAGCUGGACUGAGCAAGGGUGAAAGAGAGAGAGAAAUCAAUUCUACGAGUUUUGGAGAAUUUCCAGAUUAUCAAGAGCAGGAUAUCUUUCUAUGGAGAAAGGAAACCGGUUUUGGAUUUAGGAUCCUUGGUGGAAAUGAGCCUGGAGAACCUAUUUACAUCGGUCACAUUGUACCGCUGGGUGCUGCGGAUGCGGAUGGCCGUCUGAGGUCGGGCGAUGAGCUCAUCUGCGUGGACGGGACACCCGUUGUCGGAAAAUCGCACCAGCUUGUCGUCCAGCUCAUGCAACAGGCAGCCAAGCAAGGUCAUGUCAAUCUGACCGUAAGGCGCAAAGUAGUUUACACAGUUCCCAAGGCAGAGAAUGAAGUCCCGUCUCCAGCCUCCUCGCAUCACAGCAGCAACCAGCCGGCCUCGCUGACGGAGGAGAAGCGGACCCCGCAGGGCAGCCAGAACUCCCUGAACACCGUCAGCUCGGGCAGCGGCAGCACCAGCGGCAUCGGCAGUGGUGGCGGCGGCGGCAGCGGCGUCGUCAGCACCGUAGUCCAGCCUUACGACGUGGAGAUCCGCCGUGGUGAAAACGAAGGCUUCGGCUUCGUCAUCGUGUCUUCGGUGAGCCGGCCGGAGGCAGGGACGACAUUUGCGGGAAAUGCAUGUGUGGCCAUGCCUCACAAAAUAGGUCGGAUAAUUGAAGGGAGUCCCGCAGACCGCUGUGGCAAGCUGAAAGUAGGCGACCGGAUCUUGGCCGUGAAUGGAUGUUCCAUCACCAACAAAUCGCAUUCGGACAUCGUCAACCUAAUUAAGGAGGCGGGAAACACCGUUACUCUGCGCAUCAUUCCAGGAGACGAAUCCUCCAAUGCUACUUUAUUGACCAAUGCAGAAAAAAUUGCUACGAUUACAACUACACAUACUCCUCAGCAAAUACCACAGGAGACCAGCAGGAACAACGCCAAACCAAAGCAGGAAUCUCAGUUUGAUUUCAAACCGCCCCAAGCAGCACAGCAGGACCAAGAUUUUUAUACUGUUGAGCUGGAAAGAGGAGCCAAAGGGUUUGGCUUUAGCCUGCGAGGUGGCCGGGAGUAUAAUAUGGAUCUGUACGUGUUGCGGCUAGCUGAGGAUGGUCCCGCUGAGAGAUGUGGGAAGAUGAGGAUCGGUGAUGAAAUCUUAGAGAUCAACGGGGAAACUACCAAGAACAUGAAGCACGCUCGGGCCAUAGAACUGAUUAAAAAUGGUGGCCGCAGGGUCCGCCUGUUUCUGAAACGUGGAGAUGGCUCAGUCCCAGAAUAUGACCCCAGCGGCGACGGGAGCGGCGGUGCCGCCGCCGGUUCACAAAACCUAUCGGAAAUGAGGCCGGCGCCGUCCCGCCGGCGGCAGCACCCAUCAUCGGAGUCCAGUUAUCCACCAGACCUUCACAAACCAUCACCUCACGGGGACAGGCGGGCUUACGUUAGAGACCCGAAAGGCAGCAGAGAGGCCAGCAGACAUCUCAGCGCGCACCACACUUGGAACGGGACCUCCAAAACGCCCGGCGGCGCGACGGGCAGCCGGAGCGACGGGCGCCCCGACCCGGCGGCGGCCAGCGGGCCGAGGCGGCGCGCGCCCGAGAAGAGGAGGGAAGGGACGAGGAGCGCCGACACCACGCUGGAGCGGCGGGAGCGGCCGCAGCGGAGGAGGGAGCCGUCCCCGGAGCAGCGGCGGCGGCGGGAGCGCUCGCCGGCCGGCCGGCGGGCCGCGUCGCCCGCCAGGCGCAGGAGGUCGCUGGAGAGGCUGCCGGAGCCGCGGCGGUCGCCGCCGGAGCGGCGCGGGGACGGCUCGCUCGACCGCCGGGCCAAGUCGUCCGACCGCCGGAGGGAGAGGUCGCCCGACAGGCGGCUCCCUCGGGAGGAGCGGGGCUGGGAGCACCAGCCGGGCCAGCGGCCCGCGGCCGAGCCGCGCCGGCGGGCCCACAAGGAGUGCAGCACCGACCUCAGCAUCUGAGGGGCCCGGCGGCCGCGGCGGCGGGGCGAGCGUCCGCCCGCGCCGCCCGGCUCCCGCCCCGCUGAUCCCGCACCCGUCACGCGGCUGAGGAGCCGCACGUCGAGGAGGAAAACAAAACAAAAGUGUUGUGCCUGAUGUAUAAUAUUAAAGAAAGUAUUUUUCAGUGUAUUCUUUUUUUUUUUUUUUUUUUUUUAAUUACUUGCCAAAUGUUUGGUCCUCAAGGAUUAUGAAAUUUUGUUUCUACAUUCUUUGUAGAUUUCUUAAGAAUAAUUCCUUUAUCGGGCUACUUCCCCUCGACACACACCCUCCUUGAUAUAGUAAACAGGGGGUAGCCAGUAAUAGAAAAUAGGUAAAGGAUUUUAUGAGCAAGUUUGAAUAAUUUGAUCCGGACUGUUCUCUAGUGACUCACUGCUACGCUGUAUGUAGAAUUUUUUUUUUUUUUUUAAGGGUUGGGGGGCGGGAAAGGAAGAAAAUCGUUCGUCUCGGUGGGAAUGGAGCGCUCCUGCUGAAGGGAUUGAAAAAGCGAGAGAGCAAACGUUCCUAAAAUUGCAAGA